CCAAAUUGUAACAUACUCCGAGGGGAGUAUAUAAAAUGGCGAGGGGAAGAAAAGUGGGAGAAUCGAAAGGAAAAGAGAAGAUGCAUUCAUUCGGGUACAGAGCGAAUGCAGCGGUGACGUUUUCAGUAACAAUUCUAGCGUUGAUGUGCGCCAUCGCUUCUCUUUCCGAUAAUCUCAACUCUCCUUCCCCUUCUGCCCAUGUUCAGAUCUUGAAUGUUAAUCGAUUUUACAAGAAGUCUACCGGCGAUGAUGAGGUUGGAAUUACACUGAAUAUAUCCGCCGACCUACGGUCACUGUUCACAUGGAAUACCAAGCAGGUUUUUGUAUUUUUAGCUGCUGAAUAUAGUACUCCAAAGAAUCAUCUGAAUCAGGUUUCAUUGUGGGAUGGUAUUAUACCUGCAAAAGAAGAUGCACAGUUUUCUAUAAAAACGAAGAACAAAUACAGGUUCAUCGAUCAGGGAAGCAACCUUCGGGGGAGAGAUUUCAAUUUGACCUUGCACUGGCAUGUGAUGCCAAAAACUGGCAAGAUGUUUGCAGAUAAACUAGUCCUGCCGGGUUUCCGCUUGCCAGAGUCCUACAGAUAACAUGGAUAGCAUAUUAGCUGACAAUAGCUUUUCUGCUGAGAACAUUUGUGUUUCUUUAUUACUUAAAAACUAGAGAGACAAGAAGAGGUGUAAUUCUCUGUUCUAAAAUUUCAUUUCUUAAAUUAUAGUCCAAUGAACUAGAUCUA